AUGGUUCCCUCCAGACCUCCGACAUUUCAAUACAAUGCCCUCAUCGCGCUUCCUCCCGGCUUUUGUCUCAAUAGGGACACACCGAAUUCAGCCGGGCAGAGCAGGGCUCCCUUGUCCGCCCGCCUGCGGCCUGAGCUGGUUUCUAUGCUGGUGUCUGCGAGCUCUUUCUCCAAGCUAUCUUUCCACAAUCCAUCUUUGCAACUGUCAAACUUGGAGUCCACUGCCUCUUUGGGCUCCGGCACUGUCGCACUGAUAAGCGAUGUCCGAGUGAGUUUAGCUGGCGAGCGCCAGGCCUCCGAUUGCGGUCCCAUCGCCGUCAAACUCUCAACACUUGAGCAGCUGCUAGCAUCUGUCACAGAAUCGCUCUGGGUCGGCCAGGGAGCGCAAGGGGCGGUGCUUAAAGGGCAAUGGCGCUCCGGUGGCUGCACUGUGGCCGUCAAGUGGCUAGUCAGCGACGGCGGCGAUCUGCCCGCCGCGUACAUGGAGGCAGUGGUGGCCAAACUGCUGGCACACCCGUUCCUAGUACAGACCUUCGAGUACGGUAUAUGCCGGCUUGACGAGAAGUUUGUCCAGCUCCAGCAGCAGCGGCACCAGCAAUACAGUGCAGGCCUUCCAGUAGAUCAACAGCAGCAGGAGGAGGAGGAGCCGCGGCUGCAGACCCUAAACCACCAGUUGCGUGAUUAUGCAGCUGACUGCCUCGACCGAAGCCAUCUCGAGCAGCAGCAGCAGUCGCUUCCUGUCAGAGGGCAGCCGGAACCGGCCGGUGGCUGCAAGCCUUCACCCUGCCCCAGUCCACCCCAGCAGCCGGGCGCUGUCCCGCCCUUUCCCCCAUGUCCGCUGUCAUUCGCCGACGCCAUUGAGCCUUCCAGAUGCGCAGGUUGCAGCGGCGACUGCAGCGAUACAGCCAGGUGCAAUGCUGAUAAGGUCCACGGUUCGAUCACGGGAAUUCGGUGCCCCAUCGGACAGGUCCAUGGGUCCGGGACGCUUGCGCCAGCGGCGCAACUUGAGGUUGGCGCGUCUCCUUGGGCACCGACAACGCCCGAUCCAUGCGUGGAUGCCUUGCCUUCGGCGUUUGAGGCGCUGACGGCAGGCCAGGACAGCUUUGACGGCGGAAGCGGCAAUCCAGCUGGGUCACGGCCAGUGGACUGUAUUGGAGUGUUGAAGCAGCUGGGCGCUACGAUGGGCAAAUACGUGGUGCAGAUUGUGAGCGAGUGGUGCGACGAGGGGACUUUGCACGCCGCCAUCCGGCGCGGCGUGUUCAAACCUCAGGCCCCAGCCGGCCCUGGAGGUGCUCGGGGUCGGUCGCGGACCUGGGCACUGCGGGCGCUGCUCAGGACCGCUCGCGAGGUGGCCCAGGGCAUGAGCCACCUGCACUCCCUGAACAUCAUCCACGGCGACCUGAAGCCCGGGAACGUGCUGCUCAAGAGCAGCCGCAUCGAUUCGCGCGGCUUCGUGGCGAAGGUAGCCGACUUUGGGCUGUCCCGGCUGUGCAACCAGAGGGAGGAGUACGUCACAACCGCCGACUGGGGUACGGUGCCGUACAUGGCGGGCGAGUACCUGGACAACCGGUUGUGCAAGAGCUCAGAUGUGCCGGAGAGGGAUGGGCACGGGGAAAUUGUGGUGAACACGGCGGGUUCCUUCUCCCUAAUGGUUUACUCGUUCGGUGUGCUGCUAUGGCAGAUGUACACGGGCAAGGCGCCCUUUGCAGGUCACCUAGAAGCUCAAGUGGCGGUGGGUGUGAUGCUCGGCAACCUGCAUCUGGAGUGGCCGACCAACAUGCCACCUCCCCUCGCGAGACUGGGCCAAGCAUGCUGCCUCCACGAGCCCGAGCAGCGACCCACGUUCAAGGAGGUAGUGGUGGCGCUCACGGGCAUUGAGGCGCAGGGUGCCACUGGCACAUUCCCUUUAGCGACCGCUGGAGCUCCCCUCUCGACAUUUGGCAGUUCCGUGAGCCAAGCAACCUUCCACCAGCUGCCCACCAGCCAGCACCAGAACCAAAACCAUCCGCACAGCGAGAAUGCGGCCCGGUCUGUCAGCCGCGACACCGCUCCCCGCUUGGCACCCGGCCGCCUGCAAGAUGCAUGUCACUUAAACCGACCCACGAGAAGCAUGCUAGUGCUUGGGAGUCGCAAACUGGACAUGCUUGGGGAUAGCUGCUCGUCCGAGAUACCACCCGAGCCACCAGAGUCAGAUGCGGUGGCGUCGCCGUCGCCAUUCGUGGUCGUGGAGAGGGCCGACGCCAUGGGCGCUGCUGGCGGAGGCAUUGCGUCGGUGGCGACACAGGUACCGUGGCGUGCGCAGCCGAUGUGGCGGCCGCUGCCGCCGGACCUGCCGCCGCAGCCGCUCCCGCCACUGAUGUUGCUGCAGUCUCCGACGCUUCUACAUCCCCAUUGCCCUGCCGGCCGCUUUACGCCAACGAGCACCUCCCGUCUGCAUAUGCGCACCGGUCCCGGCAGCCCCGUAGACGAUGACCUUGACGUCAGUGGUGUUGUACAUGGCGACAGCAGCCCUCCAACCCUCUUAGACAGCCUUUCCACGCAUAACGUUGCGACGAUGCCGCCGCCUCCUCUGGCGCUCGAUGUCCCGGCUGCAGCGGCCACCACGGUGCAGUCCAUGACGUACAGCAGCGCCGCCGCCGACUCGCCCGCUGUUCCUUCCGCGCUGGCGUCCAUGUCGCCAGCAGGUGCCUGGACAACUUGCUGUACAAGACCUACCAAUGCCGCCGCUGUUGUAAUCGGCAUGGAAAGGGCCGGUCCCCUCGCCACCACGGCGGGUCCCGCAGCGGCGGAAGUCUUACCAUGCCGGGCCCGAGCCCCGGAGGUGGCGGGUGUGGUUAGCCCCCCCUCAGCGGCGGCUAUGGGCAUUCCGCCUCGGAUACCAGACGGCCUUCCCAACUAUCCUGUCGGCGGCGCCGCCGUGUCAGCUGCGCCGUCAGCGGAGGCGCGGGACGUGGUCGCCACCUGCGCCGGCUCUGACUGCAACAAGGCAAGGGCGGUAAAUGAGCAGCCUUUCGGUGCAGAGGCCGCUGUGCCAGGCACCCCAGCGACUGUGUCACCUACGCGGCUCCUGCCGCCGCCACCUCUGGGGGCGACAUCGCUCGCCUCGCUUACCUUCAACCUGCCGUGUGCGCCUUCGGCAUCGCUGACCAGUCCAUCUGGGUUGAAUGCGGAGUGUGGGGUCCCCGCUAAUGGCGCUGAUGGAUGUUGCAUGCACGCAUCUGCGCCCGGGUUUCCUGCCGAAGCUCCGUUGCGACAGCUCCCGGACAUACACCGGUACGUGAGUCUUCCAGCGCCGCUUCCGGGUGCCAAGGGCGGACGCGGCGAUGUUGGCGACUUUGUUGACAGCCGUGGGGCGUCCAUGUCGACGGAUAUGGCGCAGCAAAGCCCCGGAUGGUACUCGCUGAGCUCCCCGCGGCCGGAGCAACAGCAAGAAGAACAGCAGAUUCAUAUUAACAUGAUGCAGCACUUGCUUCCGCCGCUGCAAUUGGCACAGCCGCCGCAGGUGCAACCGAAGCUAAGGGAGCAGCCUUUCGCGCCGCAAAGUUGCGCAUUUGAGGCCGCAGCCGGCGCCACCGGCGACAUGUCUGUGGCCGGGAACGAGGCCGGCUUUGGGACUGGCCAGAGCCCGCAUGCCUAUUCUGGCCGUGUACUGCCGCUUAGACUGCUACAUCAGCGACAGCAGCAGAUGGCAGAUGUGGCGGUGUGGACUGGAAGAGGCGUGGGAAAGGGAGCAGCAGCUUGGACCCACUCAGGCCUGACAGGCGCUCCUUGCGCAGCCGCGGUGGCCAUGCAUCGUCGGCCUCGUAGCGCGCUCGGGCUAGGUGGCUACGGGUCCGCCACCCCAGGCGCUGCUGCGUCGGCCGUCGUGGCGGGACGUCGGGCCACCGGCGGUGCACCUCUGCCGCACUCGUACGGCUCCGCCGUCACCACGGCGGGGAGGGCAUUGCUGGAUGAAUCGCCGCCGCCGCCGCCGCCGCCGCUCGGAUUUUCCCCCAUGACAUUAAUUCCCUUAGGCCCGGUGCAUGAGGCAGUAGAGGGGCCCGGUGCCAACGCAGACGGGUGA